GUGUCCCCACGCCCAGCGCCGCCAUUGUUCUCUGCACGCUAUUCACUUCUUUUUACCUGGCCUACCACUUACUGCGACCCUUCAGCUCAACAUGGUAGCGCCGGAAAGCCCGACAACACUUGCUUCUGCCAUGUAAUGUAUAUACACCAUAUCAAUUCUACUAUCGUUAUACCUACAAUUCGCAAUGGCCCCUCUGGAAUCACUGGACACCGACUCGCGCUCUGCCAUACUACCGGAUAACGUUCAACCGUGGCUGUGUGCAGUCGUCGCCCUUGGCUUCUUCAGCUUCUUCGCUACAGUAUCACUACUCGUCGUUCUCACAUACAAACUCGUCUCUUGGCAGUUGCGAUCGAAACGAAGUAACCAAUUCGUCAUCCUAAUCUUUAACCUUCUUUGGGCCGACAUCCAGCAAGCCCUCGCUUUUCUUUUGAACGUGGAAUGGCUGCGGCUGGGAUCCGUCCAAGUUUCGAACCCGAUAUGCUUUGCACAGGGCUGGUUGGUUUCGACAGGUGAUUUGGGGAGUGGGGUUUGGUGCUUCGUCAUCGGACUGCAUACUUUUGCAUCUGUCGUCCUGGAUUACAGAAUGAAACCGCGAUACUUCUACCUGUCCAUCGGCUUGAUCUGGAUCUUUAUCCUCGGCAUAUCUUCAAUUGCCGUUGGUAUGCACGGAAAGGGUGUUUAUGUACGAUCUGGUGUGUGGUGCUGGAUUCAACAUGACCUAGGAGAUCUUCGACUGUGGACUCAUUACGUCUGGAUUUUCAUCUUCGAAUUCACCACUGUCAUCAAUUACGCCCUGAUUUAUACCAUUCUGACCUUCCGUAUUCGCUCGGGCUACUAUACGGUCGAAGAGUCAAAACGAGUGCGCUCAAUCGCCAACCUCAUGGUCGUGUACCCACUUGUAUACGUGAUAUGCACCAUUCCGCUCGCUUCCGCCCGUAUGGCGUCCAUGUCCGGUCACCCUCCGUCGCUGAAACGCCUUUGUCUCUGUGGCGCAAUCAUGGUCUCGAACGGCUGGCUUGACGUCCUACUAUACACCUGCACCCGACGCAUCAUGAUCUUCAGUGACGAGCCACCUGCCGAUGGUGACGGUAUGGACACAUUCGCCGCAUUCUGGAUCUCAAAACCUAAACGCUUCGGCGGCGAAUGCACAAUCGAAGCCAUGCACCCACCUGCGCGAGCCAGACGAGCCAGAAGCAGGGUCACCCUACCAUCCAGCAGCAAUAGCUGCGACGAAUUAUUCGGCUCCGGCAGCACAGACAUUAAGCUUGUCACUACCAUGCACAUCACCAGCGAACCGGCCCAACCAGAAGACUAUGAAGCAAUGGAAGCCGAGGCACGGAAACAACGUCCUCGAACACCAACAGCACGAUGGAGCUCAGAAUCGAGUGAAAGCUUGAACUUGAGCCUGAAGGAAUGGGGUAAUCCCCCAAACACUGAACGAUGAAGGGGACUCGUGGACGAAACAGAUGUAUUUCCGCCCCACGAUAUAAUUCGGCUGUACAUAUGCCCUGCCGAGGGUUCCUCGAUACAUUCGAUACAUUCGAUACAAUAAUACAGGCAAAGCCAGAAGCCAACGGGCACGCCUUAUACGGAAAAAAGGAAGGAAGAACAAUGUCUGUGGUCCAAGAAAUCCUUGGAACAACGUGGAUCACAGACACAGGAGCGCGACUCCACGCCCACAAAGCGGCCAGUUAUGGAAGUGCGAAAGCAACACAUCCCCCUUCGUAAUGCUUUACGCAGCACCUGUAAGAGGCAUGAAGUCUGCAAGCUAUAGAAAAUGUGCAAGAUCGCACUCCUUUCUCCAAGCACCGACUUCACGCCUCUCUCAGGUUCGCAUAACGUUCUCACGCGUUGGGAAGAGGAAUGAGUCGCCAUCACACUACAUGCAAUGAAGAUAGAACACACCCCCAUAGAUACCCAUGAUACGUCAACGACCAAUACCAUACCAUACCAUACCA